AGUCUCUCUCUCUCUCUCUCUCUACAAUCGUUUUAACGAUAACUCGCCGACGAAGAAGAAAACGAAAAAGAGUAAUAAGUCAAGAAAGAUCACUAAAAUACUCUUAUCUAUUUCGAUACAACGAAACAGAGAUGUCUCUCUCAGACGAUCAUUUAUCUUCUACGGGGAAGAAUCGAGCGCGUACGAGUCAAGAAUCACGAGAGAGCCCUCAAGGUUCUUCUUUCUUGCGAUCCAAGGAAACAGAGACGUCUCUCUCCGACGACCCUCCACCUCCGAGGAAGAAAAAUCGAGCGCUUACGAGUCAAGAACCACGAGAGAGCCCUCAAGAUUCUUCUUUCUUGCGAUCCAAGGAAACGGAGAAGAAGAGUCAGACGAGUAUGGGCCAAGAAACAGAGAAGCCGUUUGUUUCUCCGAUUAACACAGAUGAAGAAGUCUUUAAGGGAUAUGAAUCGUACAGGGAAAACCCAGAUUACUACGACAGUGACAAAAUCCUUAUCAACACUGAAAACACGUUGAAUCCUUAUGGUGACAUGUUCGAAGGUUCUCUUGAUUCUGCAGGGUACAUUGGUUCACAAAACGAUCAUGAUGCGCUCGAGAUGCCAAGGUUGACGUUACACAACUCUGGAAGUCAAAUUGGUGUUGGCCUUAUUAGACCUGACAUGGAACAAGAAUUCUCCACAGAAAUGCAGGGUGAAGGAUAUGGGACAAACACUUGUGGCCCUUGCGAAAACAAGAUUGAUAUUGCUGCUGGUUCUGUUGGAAACAUUGAAUCCUUGAUGAACGCAGAAAGAGAGAAAGAAAAGAUUGUGAUGAUCCCUACCCCUGGAUUUGUCGACAACUCUGGAAGUCAAAUUGGUGUAAUUGGCCUUAUUAGACCUGACAUGGAACAAGAAUUCUCCACAGAAAUGCAGGGUGAAGGAUAUGGCACACACACUUGUGGCCCUUUGGAAAACAAGAUUGAUAUUGCUGUUGGUUCUUUUGGAAACGUUGGAUCGAUUAUGAACGCAGAAAGAGAGAAAGAAAAGACUGUGAUGAUCCCUACCCCUAGAUUUGUCGAGGCACCACAAUGGACCAUAAAGAAGAAGCUGACCCAGUACGAUACUAAUCCUCAUUAUGACAGACUUAUUCUGCAAAAGAGCUCCUUUGAUGAGCACAUUGGAAGACAUUUGCCUAAAGCAGAUUACCAAAAGGUAGUAGAUAAAAUCGGAACCACGACUGUUAACGUAUAUGACUACGACACGGACACAAUGCAUGAGCUGCGUCUGGAAUUAGAGAAAAGCUAUGGUCUAAGGAGUGGUUGGCUGGAACAUUUUGUUCGCAGGAGAUGCUUGAGGCAAAACGAAGAGAUUGGACUCUUAUGGGAUUCUUCUGCUUCUAGGAUUCAGUUUGGCGUCAUUUCUCGGCGUACGAGACGAAAGAGACAGACUUAUAAAUAGAAACGCAAUUUA